ACAGGGAAAGUGAAAAUUGAAAGCUUGGGAAUGUGACACAUGUAUUCUAUAUAUAAUGAUGUCAAACCCAAAGCCUCAUCCCAGCUUUAAUCUCCUGAAGCUUAGCUCCCAUGGGUUUUCACACGGCAAUUGUAGCAACCACAUUGAAACUCAAAUCCCUCUCCACCUCUCACAGCACCCUAAUAACCCCACUGCUCACUGGCUUGAUCUGCCCUUUUGUGCUCAAGCUCUCUUUCAGCUUCAGCCUUGUUCAUCAAACCUACUCUGACUUGAUCCAUCAGUCGAGGCUCUUCUUCUUCCAGCUCAAUGAGAUUGCAGCAGCUGACAAUUUUGAUGAUGAUCUUCAACAGCAGCGGCCAGCUGCUACUAGAUCCUUGCAGCGAGCUCUGAGGCUACUGCAACAGGCUGUGACCCAUCAAAGAAACUCACAGGCAUCGGAAUUGGAUGAGCACAGCAUCCAUGACCUCUCCAUGGUUGCUCUUUGAGCUCCUCUGCAUCUGCAUGUACAUCUACCUUACUGGGUGAGCAUCUAUAAAUAAAUAUGUGCCUGGCUUUUUUCUUUCUUGUUUCUUUUUCUUUUCUGGGUUUUGGUUGUUCUUUUUGUUUUUUGUUUUUUCUUCUUUUUUUGGAUGUAAAACUGGAUCGAGUGGGAAUUAAGAUGCUUAAUUACUAGUUU